AGCAGAGCACACUCCAUUCAAACCGUUCUGCCAACGGUCAAUCAGUCUUCGGCGGGAUCUGUCGGUGUGAACACGCGUACUUCUUUAGGUCCGGAUUGGCCGGUGAUGCUGGAGAACUGUGAACGGUGGCACCAUGUAGUGUGUUCGGAUUAUUGAAAAAAAACCUGAUCCGAUGAAUGCAGUGAUGCGAAAAUAAAUGGUAAUUAGUUCUGUUGGGAUCACGUUCUGUGAAUAUGCGAUUGAUGUUUGAACUAUUAUCAGUGGUCAAAUAUGCGGAUGUCCGUUGGCGUGACGAGUGCGUAGAUACAUACUGCCACGACUAGUGCUGACCGUUAUCGUCCCAUCUCUAGUAGAACUGAAAAGAAAAUGAGCCUUGCUCUUAUUGGGGUUCAAGAGCUGUGAAUAGCUCUUAGGAACCCGAAGCCAUUGAAGGCUGUGAUUUUCGCAUGUGGGAUGUUUUCAUGUUUGCAGUGCUAUUCAAAUAUGGUAAAACUUGGUGCGUGGAUGCUAGUGGUGAAGUUAGAGUGAAAGCUGAUAAUAAAUAGAAGCAAAGUGCUGUUUGUGUGCACCGAACCUGGAGGAUGAAUCGAUCCUUCGAAAUGUGCGUCUGAGAAGCAAUUUUAACGGAAAAUUAAUUCCUAAUUUAUUUAUGGUUACGAUGAGGCGACGAAAAUCCUGCUGGCAGGAUUGCAUUGAACCUGCUUCCACGCUAAGAGUGUAACGACGAUGAGCUUUCGAAGUUUGUAAGUGUGUGCAAAUUGCUUUCCAGCCAUCGUUUCACGCGUCAUUUGAAAGGGGGGCGGACCUGUUUUUGAAGCUGAGUUAGCAACGAAAACAACGACAACAGCCGUGCGGUGAUGAACAGUACUGGAUGGAUCUGGAUGGAAAACCCACAUUAUUAGCUAUUAUCAACCCCAGGUCUACUCCCAGCAAAGCCUCCCCGCAAAGAUUGAAAUUCCUGGAAACAAAUGGAACAUUCCAUCGUAAGAUCAUCCGACCCCCGGGAGAGAAGACAGAACGUGUCACCUCCAUGCCAACACAUCGCUGAACUUGGAAGCAGAAAAGCAUUCUGCGAAUCCCGGCAGCAUUCGUUGUCAUCACGGCGUGAGAUCAAUUUACGCUUGAUAUUCGCCUUUCGGAGGCACCAGCAAUCCGCAUCGGCACAGCUCUCAUAUAUUAUUCACUCCUGCUAACCCCUGGGUGAUUCAUGCAAUGCAGUAUGUAAAGCACGGAAGCUUGGAAUGCUCAACGAAUUAUGUGUGCUGGCGGUUGGCGUGCCUAGGAGUGCUAUCCUGUACCGGUUUUAGAACAGUUCCGGUCGGUGUGCUUUUAUUUAUCUGAAAUCCACCAUGCGUUUCCUUUACACUCGACUUCGGUGACGACGAAGAGCUAUAAUUUACCAUCACAUCAAUUUGAUACUUUCUGGUUAACGGAAUAAUUAAAGUGAGAAAUCUGUCUAAAUUAAAUAUCCAUUGUCGGUUUAUUUCCCAUAAACAGUGUCUAUGACGAAAAUCGUGGCAAAUAUGAAAAGCUAUUCGAAUGACUGUUUGUUGCAUGUGAUUUUCUAGGAACGAACUACCCUUGCAGAUUAAUUGGGAAACUUUGUGUUCAGACGUCGACAGCUUCCCAGGAAAUAGUAGUGCAAGUUAGCAGAAGAAGUGAACUAAGACAAACUUGAGCUCCCGGAAGGACAGUGCUCCGAAAACAAAAUCUACUAGCAUGAAAAAAAGAAAACGAAUCAAACAGGCGAGAUUUGCUCAAAGGCAAAAGGAUGAAGGAAAAAUCGUAAUGCUUAGUACGGUAUGGUCAUGAGCUGCUGCACGUUUUUGUGUUGACAGAAGACGUUUUGUGAUAAGGGAAAAAAAGGAACGAACAGUGUGAAAACGGUUAUAAGGAUCUGAAAAAUUGGGAAAUGCGAACACAAUGAGAAAAUUGUGCCGAUUUUGCACGGUACCUCAAUUUGACAUAAAAACAACUAGGCAGAAUAUGUGUUUCCAGUUUUGACAUAUUUUCCACUUCAAGUUCCAUAGUUAAAUAGGAGUCCACCCGAAGGAUUGAAGCACGGAAUGGAAAAGACGUAAAAUAUUUCCCCUGCUUUUUUCUUCUAUGGAAAGCGAAAUGUCGGAGCACUCAGGCGGUCUACAUCAGUAGAAGUGAAAUAGAAAUUGGCCCUCUGUACUUACCACAAGAAGUUUAUCAGUGCACUUACCAGUUCACAGUUUAAUUUUUCCUGCUGCUGCCAUACAGCGAAGCGAUUUCUGUGGAAUCGCCCAGCAUCCAGCAAAGCAACAGCAGCAGGAUCACAAACAUCAUAAAUGCAAUAUUUUGCCCAAUUGAAAAGGGAAAUACUGGGGAGUGAGUGUAAAUAAGAAGUUUCUUGUGGUGAAAGACUUUUACAUGUUCUGCAUGCAACGUGAAGCUAGAUGAUUGCAGUUCAUUUCAAUCCGAACAUUCUCUGUGAAAAUGAGCUGAAUGUAGGUAUUUACUUAGAUAGUGGUCAUCCGAUAACAGAUAGUGUCUAGUUUUUACAUCUCAUCAAUUCAGUAAGCGUCCCCAACAGUAAACAUAAAAAACCAUGAAUAUUAACAUGGACUCGGACCACCGGGUUGUGUUGAAUGUCGGUGGCAUUCGACACGAAACGUACAAAGCGACGCUCAAAAAAAUUCCCGCCACUCGGUUAUCACGACUGACCGAGGCGUUGGCCAACUACGACCCCAUCCUGGACGAGUACUUCUUCGACCGGCAUCCGGGAGUGUUUGCGCAGGUUCUGAACUACUACAGAACCGGUAAGCUUCACUACCCAACCGAUGUCUGUGGCCCAUUGUUCGAGGAAGAACUGGAAUUCUGGGGGCUUGACUCGAACCAGGUCGAACCAUGCUGCUGGAUGACGUACACUCAGCAUCGUGACACCCAGGAGACGUUAGCCGUAUUGGAACGACUCGACCUGGACACUGAGAAACCAACGGAAGAAGAACUAGCUCGAAAGUUCGGCUACGAGGAUGACUACUACAAGGGAACGGUGUCGUGGUGGCAGCACAUGAAGCCCCAGAUGUGGUCAUUAUUCGACGAACCGUACAGUUCGAAUGCUGCCAAAAUAAUCGGAGUGAUAUCAGUGUUCUUCAUCUGCGUAUCGAUCCUCUCGUUUUGCCUCAAAACACACCCGGAUAUGCGCGUACCGGUGAUACGGAAACUGACGGUCAAUACUGCCAACGGGAGCACGGCCUGGGUUCUGGACAAGGAUCACACGAAUGCACAUGUUGCGUUCUUCUACAUCGAAUGCGUUUGUAAUGCAUGGUUCACGCUAGAAAUCUUGGUUCGCUUCAUUUCAUCCCCACACAAGUGCGAAUUCAUCACCUCAUCUGUAAAUAUUAUUGAUUACAUCGCUACGUUGAGCUUCUACGUAGAUCUGGUGCUACAGAAGUUUGCCUCCCAUCUCGAGAAUGCCGACAUCCUGGAGUUCUUCUCCAUUAUCCGCAUCAUGAGACUUUUCAAGCUGACUCGACACUCAUCCGGCUUGAAGAUCCUAAUUCAGACAUUUCGGGCCUCUGCCAAGGAGCUAACACUGCUGGUGUUUUUCCUAGUCUUGGGCAUCGUGAUAUUUGCCAGCCUAGUGUACUACGCGGAACGAAUCCAGGCGAAUCCGCACAACGACUUCAACAGCAUUCCGCUGGGACUGUGGUGGGCUCUGGUCACGAUGACCACGGUGGGCUACGGCGACAUGGCCCCGAAAACCUACAUCGGAAUGUUUGUAGGUGCCUUGUGUGCGUUGGCAGGUGUGCUGACAAUCGCGCUUCCGGUACCGGUUAUCGUAAGCAAUUUUGCCAUGUACUAUUCGCAUACCCAAGCGAGGGCGAAGCUACCGAAAAAGCGCCGACGGGUGCUGCCCGUUGAACAACUUAGGGCUCCGAGGGUUACAGGGCAACCGGGUGCCAUGGGCAUGCCUGGUUCGGGUCAAAUGGCUCGCCGUAUGAACCAACCUAAAACAAAGGACAUCGGACCAAAAAUAGGUCCCAUCGGUGCCAGCAUCGUAGCCAUGUGUCCGCGGAAUGUGGGCCUACACAGCAACCCGGCACUGGCCAUGUGCAAGCCCACAUUCGAAGUUCGGCCACCGACAAUAUGCUACAACAGUAACAUCAACAGUGGCAGUCGUGCUCCGGCAACCGUCGGCACUGGCCAGCAGGUUCUCAUCCCUCGGGAUGCCACCGGUAAGCUGAUCAACAACAAUAACAGUAACACCGCAAACAAUAACCAUACCAUCAGCCCGAAUGGAAAUGCCACGACGGGAAAUGCUAAUAACACCAAAUGAAAUGGAUGUGUGUAUGUUUUUUUUCUUUGUUUCUAUCAAAAAUAAAGAUCUGCUUUGUAUCUCGGUAGGAUAGCUAGCUUCCUAUGAGUUUUUGGUGAAUUAUGUCAUAAGACUUUUCUAGCUGUUAACUAGUUAAAACAAGAAAGAAACGAUUGUAUAUACAUAUAAAUGUCGGCUGCUCUUCUAGAGCCUAACUAUGCUUUAUCAAUUCAACUGAAUUUGCAAACAAUAUUCUUAUGAUCGCUCAAUUAGAUGGUACAUUGUUAUUGGAUUGGUUCAACAUAAUAAACUUCUGCCGUGAAAGUUGUGAAAUUUAAUUUCAUCUGUACAAAUUACGAUAAGUGCUAUUUUUCAGUUAAAGGAGAGCAUAAAUCACAGUUACGGGUUUAGAUAAUUCCUAUACUGAAAUGGAGCAACGUUAUGGGAAGUACGGCAAUCGGCAAGUUAUCGAUCACUUUGCGAUAAUUAUCUUUUGUGCUAAGACAUAAACAAUCUUUGUAAAUUUCACUAUUGACAUGUAAUUGGACAUCAUUUUACGUUUGUAAGUUAAUAAAUUAUUCAGAAAACUUUCAACCAAACAAGAAGCAUUUAAUGUGAUACAAGUAGUUUUACCAAGUAAAAGAUGAUAUUUAAAUACAAAACAACGGAAUAAAAUUGUAAUUGUUAAGAUAGAGUAACUAAGAUUCAUCUAAAUUUUAAUGUGUUUAGAACUAAGAAUGUAAAUCUUUCACAAUUCAUUGGAAAAUUUUUGCCAUCCAUCAUUACGACUAUCGUUUAAAAACUAUUGCAAAUAUAGAUAAAUACUACAACUUGCUGCAGAAAACAUUAGCUUUUUUGUUUUAU